ACCAAACUUUGUAUGAGUGUCCUUGCUGUGUUUCUUCUACUAUAGCCCCUUUUCGUCUCAAAUGAACCAUCACAUGGAAACUCAUCUCAAUUUUCAACUUCUCCUAAUAAAACUCUGAAUUUCCAAUUCAUGUCCAAUUUCUCCAUUCCAAAUUAACCCUAAAACCCUGAACCCUAAAUUAGCCAUGCUUUCCCUAAAAACCCCCAAUAAGCUACUCUCAUCCUCUUCCAUUCCCACUCCAAUUUCUCACACUGCACUCUCUUCUUCUUCCUCUUUCGCUGUCAGAAACUGUAUUUCACUGAACCCUAUAUUAACAACAAGCAAUACCGAAUCCCCGCGACGACGUUUUAGGCCGGUUAACUGCUCCUUUUCAUCCAUAGACAAUGCUAAGAUUAAGGUUGUUGGUGUUGGUGGUGGUGGUAACAAUGCCGUUAACCGCAUGAUUGGUUGCGGAUUACAGGGUGUAGACUUUUAUGCUAUAAAUACUGAUGCUCAAGCACUGUUGCAUUCUUCUGCUGAGAACCCUAUCAAAAUUGGAGAACUCCUGACUCGUGGAUUAGGUACUGGUGGUAAUCCACUUUUGGGGGAACAAGCUGCCAUGGAAUCUAAAGAAACUAUUGCUAAUGCUCUUCAUGGCUCAGAUUUAGUGUUUGUAACUGCCGGUAUGGGUGGAGGAACGGGGUCUGGUGCUGCCCCUGUCGUGGCCCAAAUAUCAAAAGAGGCUGGUUACUUGACCGUAGGUGUUGUUACCUAUCCCUUCAGUUUUGAAGGACGCAAAAGAUCCUUGCAGGCUCUAGAAGCCAUCGAAAAGCUGCAGAAAAACGUGGAUACACUUAUAGUGAUUCCAAAUGACCGUCUGCUUGACAUAGCCGAUGAGCAGACCCCUCUUCAGGAUGCUUUCCGUCUUGCCGAUGAUGUACUACGACAAGGAGUACAGGGAAUAUCAGACAUCAUAACUAUACCUGGUCUUGUAAAUGUGGAUUUUGCUGAUGUAAAAGCUGUGAUGAAAGACUCUGGAACUGCAAUGCUUGGAGUAGGUGUUUCGUCGAGUAAAAAUCGUGCAGAAGAAGCUGCAGAACAGGCUACUUUGGCACCUUUAAUUGGAUCAUCUAUUCAGUCAGCCACUGGGAUAGUGUACAAUAUUACCGGAGGAAAAGACAUAACUCUGCAGGAAGUGAAUAGAGUGUCUCAGGUUGUGACAAGUUUAGCCGAUCCUUCUGCCAAUAUUAUAUUUGGGGCCGUUGUUGACGAUCGCUACAAUGGUGAGAUUCAUGUGACUAUCAUUGCAACUGGCUUCUCACAGUCCUUCCAAAAGAUGCUACUAACAGAUCCAAGGGCUGCAAAGCUUCUUGACAGAUUACCUGGAGGCCAAGAAAGCAACCAAAAGUCCCCUCUUCUCAAGACCUCAAACUUUUCAUCAACAGUUGCGUCUAAAGCAUCCCCACGAAAGCUCUUCUUUUAGCUUAUUGGUUCUCUUAACCCGUUUUUUAUGUAGUUUUGUAUCUGUAAAGAUCUUUAAGCUUGAUUUAGGUAUCUUUCCGGUUAUGGCCUCGUCCCUCGAAUAUAUAGAAUGCUUUUACAAACUCUUCAAAAAGUUGGCUAUUGGCAUGGUUUGUGACUCAGGGUCAGUGUAAUACUCGUAGCAUUUUUGUCAAAGGAAUGAGUAUGUAUAUAGGUUGUUACUCUGCAUUUUGAUGAUAGAAGCUUCCAUUUUAAUGCCUACAGCUAAUGUGUUACAUUUUCAUGUGGAAUUCAAA